CUGAAUUGAUCGACAACGUAAACAUCGUUAAAUUCAUUUGGCAAACGCUCUUCUUGACGAUUGAUUGUAUUUCAUGUCGGUCUACUCUGUCGCAAAUCUGUUUCGGGCUAGUUGUUUUAUACAGGCUUCGACUUUUCGUAACACCAGCAGGGCCAGGGUGAUACGUAAUCUUGCCUUUCGAAGACGAAAUUUGGCGUCUAGCGUCUGUGAGUCACUGAGUGUGACACGCUGACUUUCUGUUCUAAAAAUUCUCUGAGACUGAGUCUGAGUCGACGUCGGCGAUGACAGACACUGCACUGUGAAUGUGACUCACUUGCUUUUCAGACCCCGUGUCUUCACCAUGGAAUCUUGCCACUGUAUUACAACCACUUGUAUCCUGCUUCUACUAACUCUACAUUUAUCUUUUUGCAAAGCUGCCACACCAUGUCAUGAACAGCGCUUUCCAGGAGGGGAUACGUUUGUAUGUGUUUGUAACUCCACCUACUGCGACACGGUAGACAACUAUGAGCCACUCCAGUCUGGCUUCUAUACGGUCUAUACCUCUAGUAAUACAACAGGAGAUCGUCUGGCAAAGAGGACGUAUCCAAUCUCAAAGUCAUCCAACUCUUCAGGUUCAGCCAUUACAAUCAAGAUUGAUAAAUCCACCUUAUACCAGUCAGUGAUCGGGUUUGGAGGAGCUACUACUGAUGCUGCAGCCAUCAAUGCAUUCAACCUCUCUCAAAGUAGCAGACAGAACCUCAUCAAGUCAUACUUCUCUCCAAAUGGUAUUGAGUAUACUGUAAGCCGUGUUCCCAUUGGCUGUACUGAUUUAUCUACUCAUUACUACACUUAUGAUGAUCACCCAGGGGACUUUAAUCUUCUCAACUUUUCAUUAGCUAAAGAGGACCUCAGUUACAAGAUCCCUUUCCUUCAAGAAGCGAUGAAUGUAUCUGGUCGUGAUAUCAAGUUCUAUGGGAGCCCCUGGUCCCCUCCUGUGUGGAUGAAAACCAAUAACGAUUACCAUGGAGCAGGUCAGAUCAUUGGCAAUCCCGGGGAAAAAUACUUCAAAACUUGGGCAAACUAUUUUGUCAGGUUUCUGCAGGAAUACGGUAAGCACAAUGUGACUUUCUGGGGUGUGACGGUGGAGAAUGAACCGAUGGCAGGAGGAAUCAAGGAUUACCAUAUUCCAUCCUGUUUUUUUACCCCUGAGAUGGAAAGGGAUUUCAUCAAGCUCGACCUUGGACCUACUUUACGCGCCAAUGGCUUCGAAGACCUCAAGAUAAUGAUGCUUGAUGAUCAGAGAUUUGAAUUACCUGGAUGGCCUGAAGUUGUACUGUCUGAUGAUGAUGCCAAGGCCUAUGUCUCGGGUAUAGGUAUCCAUUGGUAUUGGGAUAAGGACAUUCCUCCCCUCAAGCUAGACCUGACGCACAUGUACUACCCAGAUUACUUCAUGCUCUACACAGAGUCCUGCUAUGGAGGGCAUCCCAUCUUAGGCACCUGGGCACAAGGUCAGGGCUACAGUCAGAGUAUCAUUGAGAACAUGAACCAUUGGGUGUCAGGGUGGGUUGAUUGGAACAUGGCUCUUAAUCUUCAAGGUGGACCAACCUUCAUUGGAAAUUUCCUCAAUGCUCCUAUCAUUGUGGAUGCAGAGAAAGAUGUCUUCUACAAACAACCCACAUUCUAUCACCUUGGACACUUCAGCAAAUUUAUUGUUCCUGACUCUCAUCGUAUACACCACACGGUGGAUUCAGACACGGAGGUGUUAAGCAUUGCAUUCCAGCUACCAGAUAAGCACACCUAUGCAGUAAUCCUUCUAAACCAGGAAGAUCAAGGUGUGGAUGUGACGAUAUCUGACCCUGAUGUUGGGUACAUCAAUGCUAGGAUACCAGGACAAUCUAUCCAGACCUACCUCUGGAGUGACAACUAAAAUCAUUGCAGGAUCCAACCUUGCACCAGGGUUUGCAUCAAACCCAGGGCCAUAAAAGAAAUUGUCUUCGCUGUCCAUACGCUCAGUUAUCUGGCUGCCCUCAAAAUUCUCUCUUUACUGACUGUGAUUCUAAGGUGAUUUCUCAUAAUUCUUAGCCCUCCCAAGUGAUUUUAUGCUGCGAGGGUUUCCUAUUACAGACAACUACUUUAUCAGUCAUAAUGUCCCAAUGUUAGGACAAAAUUAUUUGUAAAUUAUUGCAGGGUCAUAUUUGUCUGUUUGUCCUGUGCAUUAUGUAACACAAGACUGCAAGAUAACGUUCCAAGGCGGUGACAUCAACCAUGAAAUGAUGGGGAUCAUGCACCUUUAAAUCUAAAUCAGAAUGUGAAAAGUAGUAAGGAAAACAAACAUGGUGUUAGAAUGCUCAGAAAAGGAUUCAAGCACAUGAGAUCAAUACAACUGGAUAGGCACUUUUUUCUUUUGUUCAUGUGUCGUCUCUUGUCGAUAAAUGCAUGCCAUCAUUGGUGACAGCAGUCCAUUGAAGCUGACCAAAAUUUAAUGGGUGUAUUUCCAAUCGACUUAAAGUGUUUCUAUUCACUAACAAAGGUGAAUCAGCAUUGAUGAUAAUUGAAUUCAACUGGUAAAUGGUGGUAAUAGUAUUCCCAUCAACUCACAACAUUUUUAUUCCAGACAAAAGCAAGUCUGCAUUGUUCAAAGUAGUCCAUUCUAGCUGGUAAAUUAUUAAUGGCAGGAUUUCAAGCAACUCAAAUUAUUGGGUGUUCGAGUCAACUCUAAAUGUUGAGUGUUCCAGUCAAUUAAAAAUGUUGGGUGUUCCAGUCAACUCAAAAUAUUAGGUGUUCUAGUCAACUCAAAAUGUUGGGUGUUCCAGUCAACUCAAAAUGUUGGGUGUUCCAGUCAACUCAAAAUGUUGGGUGUUCCAGUCAACUAAAAAUGUUGGGUGUUCCAGUCAACUCUAAAUGUUGGUGUUCCAGUCAACUCAAAAUGUUGGUGUUCCAGUCAACUUAAAAUGUUGGUGUUCCAGUCAACUUAAAAUGUUGGUGUUCCAGUCAACUCAAAAUGUUGGUGUCCCAGUCAACUCAAAAUGUUGGGUGUUCCAGUCAACUAAAAAUGUUGGGUGUUCCAGUCAACUCAAAAUAUUGGUGUUCCAGUCAACUCAAAAUGUUGGGUGUUCCAGUCAACUAAAAAUGUUGGGUGUUCCAGUCAACUCAAAAUAUUGGGUGUUCCAGUCAACUCAAAAUGUUUGGUGUUCCAGUCAACUCAAAAUGCUGGGUGUUCCAGUCAACUCAAAAUGUUGGGUGUUCCAGUCAACUAAAAAUGUUGGGUGUUCCAGUCAACUCAAAAUAUUGGUGUUCCAGUCAACUAAAAAUAUUGGUGUUCCAGUCAACUCAAAAUCUCUCUACCCCAAUGAAAAAGCAAACCAACAUUGGUGCAUAUGUGCCUAGUAAUACCGAUUUUCUGUAUUUCGUACAGUAAUCAAAAUACCGGAGUACCCUUUUACAUGGUAAAAUAUGGAGAUAGAAACAUUCUAUUUUGAGACUUGGGUAACGUCCAUUUAGUCAUUUAUGUUGUGAUUGUUUAGUGUUACCUUCUGUGUUGGCAUGGAAAUGUGAGUCCUAGUUGUGAUCCGGGAUCAUUUUUUUUUUGUAAUCUACCUUAAUAUAUCCUUAGGAAGUGAUUUAUUAUUUUUCCAAAAGACUGUUUCAUUUCUUGCCUUCAUCUCUAUUUGAAUACAAGACAGGAAUGUGGCCUAGCUGCCACCAUAGCCCAGCCGCGCUGCGCUAAUGAAAUAGGGUUUUAGGGGGACCAUGUGGAAAAAUGCAGAUUUUUUUGCCAAAGUACUAAUUUUUAGGUGGAAGAAUUCUGAAAUUGUAAAAUAAAUCUUGGCAGCUCUGUUGGUGACGAUUUUUAAUUCCUUUGUAGCUGGUAAAUGAUUAAUAAUGGUGUUCCAAUCAACUCAAAAUACAGCUUACAUGUAUGUUUAUUUUUUAUCUCAAUUUUUAUACACCAUAAGAUUGGUUCAUUUCGUUGUGAUUGUACUUUAUCGAAGAAUGUAUCUUUAUGAGUAAUCUAAUGGAAUGUACGAUUGAAAGUAUAAUUUUGUACUUACACUUUAGUUAAUAUUUUUACUGUACAAUGUAUAUAUCAUACUUCAUUUUUAAUCUAGAGAUAUGAUACAUAUAUUUCUAUUAUAUUUCUAGAUGAGAUUGUAUUGUAUCAACGAAAAUGAAUUGAUUAACAUGCACAAUUAUUACAGGGUUAAUAUUUUGCAUUAAUAUGUGAAACAGUGAUACAGAUAAAUACAUGUGUACAGAUGAAUACAUAUUCACAGGUGAGCAAGGCUCUGUGAGCUUAUGUUCUAAACCCACUUUUUAUCAUAUGUAUCUAGAUUGAUUUCUGUGAUAGUUUCGCUCUUUGAAAUUGGUUAUGAAGGGUGAUUGGGAAUUUCAUUCUGAAAUUGUCCCUACAUGUCUACUUUUCCAUUGGCUUUGGUAAUUUAUUUUUGAUGUUAUAGAGCAGUGUAUGCUUACCAAAAAAUUAUUUCAAUCAUGUCUUUCAUCCCCUACAUCUGUUGACUUUGGAAUGAAGCAUUGGCGAUAAUGUAUAUUUUAAUACAUGACAUUUUCCCUUGAAUUGCUGAAUUUUUUAUUUUCCUCUACAUGUGAUUUAUCAUCAUAUUUAUGUUUUUUUGCACUUUUAUACAUUAUACAUUAAUAUAUUGAUUGUGAUUAAUAUUUCUUUUUUAUGAAUAUUUCUAUACAGUUUCAUAUAUGUUAUGGAUUUACAUCUUUUUUUGGUUGUGAUUGAUGUUCUAAAUUACAUGUAAAGCAUUUACCUUUUGAGUAAUCUAAAGAUCCUAUGAAAUACAGCAAAGAUGCUGAUUUAUUUGGUAGCUUAGUGGUUACUAACUAUGAUUCCAUCAAAAUUUUACCCGAAAACAUCCCGCAUCAGGUUCAAAGGCAGUUUUAUGUUGAAAAUUGAGCCAAAUUCGCCCCGCCCACAAAAUUUCAGCCCAAUUUGGUUUCGUAUAUCACAUGACAAUUAUGACGUCAGGGAAGGAAGCUGCUGAGUGUUGCUGACCUUUAGAGCGUGAAGUGUCUAUU